AUGUCUUCUUCCCGGUAUCAGGAGCUCUGGGUGUCGCAAGAACCCGUACAACCCGCGACUCGAGAGACCGAUACUGUGCGAUCGGUAUGGCAAUUCCCGGCGGCUAUGGCAUCGACGCUGUCGCUUUUGGGGUACUUGAUGAUUCCACUCACGCUUGAAAAGCCCGAAAAUAACCCGCAGAUCAACAAGACGGUCCUGACCAUCGCCGCCAUGGUCUUGAUCGGCGUUGCUUACGCGCUGUCCUUUGUGAUCGUUUGCGCUCAGAUCGACCAACGAGCCUAUCUCCUCCACUCUGUCUUUCUGUAUGUUUGGUCCAGAGAGGUGUACCAACGAAGCAGACUUCAGACUAACCAGACUCCCAGCCCCUGCCUCUCAUCGAGCCUGUUCGGCCUCUUCAACCUCGUCUUCAACAUCCUCUGCCGCAACAUCCUCCCCAUGAACAAUCUGGCAACCAUCGUGGUCAGUCUCUGCUGCGCUUUUGUGUUUCUCUACGCGCUAGGCGCACUGUGGAUCUAUGGACGGACUGUCGCGGAUGAGACGCGCAUCCAGUACGGCUCUGCGAGCCCGAUCCUACUUACCGAGGAGGAGAUGCAGCGCCAGCAGCUGCUCCGAUUACUGCAGCAGAAUGGGAAGAAGAAGAGGUCCAGUGCGAAGGCGGUACAGAAGACGUUCAAGGUUGAUGUGCCGGAGGUUGUAAGUCCGGGGAAAGGGUGGGAUCGGUAUAUGCCGCCGAGGGAGGAGUAUUUCAUUUGA